UUUAGCAGUCUUACCCUUAUGUGUCAGAGACUGAGACAGUGAAUUGAGUGUGUUUGUUCCUGAUUGCUCGGACCUGUGCCUGUGUGGAUUUUUAUUUUUGUUCAACAGAACUGAAGACAGCAACUGUAAACGAAGAAGGCCCUAAAGGAAUAGUGAUCAAGAUGUUGAUAACCAUGCUAACAGCUAUGUAUAUGGUGGUCAAAGUGGUAGAAACGAUAGGGGCGCGAUUUACGCGGGAACAGGAUCCUUUGCCUUAUGUGGUGUCUCAGCCUUUGCCUUGGCAGGUUCACUCAGUGUCUCUCAGCCGGAGGAGCAGCAAAGCAGAUGAGUAUGAUGGCCUCAGGAGAAACAGCAUAGGCGUGUAUAGAAAGAAGUUUCUCUACAUGGCUAUUUCCUCUACCUCCCUGGCUAUUCCCUGUGUCCUGUCGUGUUCAGACUCCAAUGCCAGUAACGGGACAUGCACAGUGCCUGCUGUUCCUCCGCUCAGCCCUGUUGAAGUUGAGAAGGCCGCCUCUACCAUCCAGAACCAUUUCAGGAAAUUCCAGCAGAAGAAACACAAGAACGGCAAGUAGAUGGACAGACCAGGAGAGUCUUACUACUCCAACAAGUCUGAGAGACAAUAGCAAGCAAGCUGUGAUUUCAUGUGAUUUCAUCAAAGGCUAGAUGAACGCUGUGAUGUCAUGAUUAAAUUCAUAUGAACACUUAUAUUCAAAUAUACAUACAUUUAAACUUAGUAGAGGUCCCAAGAUUAGUAAUCCAGAUUAACAUACAGCAGCCUACAUCUCACACAAUGCUUAUAAAACCAUAUUUUAAUUUCUAUGUGAACAAUAAAUGUGAAUAUUCUGUAAUUCUGAAUGAACAGAUUUGCUGUGCUGUGAUGACAGAGUGAUUUUAAGAGUGCGUGAGUGAGUUGUUAUUCUCUAAUUUAUAUAUGACUGUUGUUUCCUGUAUAUAAAUGUGUGGAAAAACACUGAUGUCUCUUAAGAACCCCCCCCGCCCCCCCAGUCCAUUUCAAUAAACUCAUUAUCAGAUUAUGUUGUUUCACUGCCCUCUAGUGUUUAGAGGAAUUUCUGCCUCACAAGUUGUAUGAAUUUUAAGGUGCUUAUUUAAUAAAUAUUUUAAAAGUUUGCAAAACACAAUUAAAGUUAUCAACAGUUAUUAUAUGUAGUAAUGUGAAAAUGUUCAAAUUCAUCAAACUGAAUGUUCACUUCAGGUCAAAGUGAUCUUCAGGCCAGCGAUGCUGCCAGUUGGCCAGUCCACUCCUGAUUGUGUUGAAGAUGUAUGAUCUGACACAACAAUAGAGCCAGACUGUAUGUUAAUGCAACCAAUUUAUAUCAAAAAAUGGUGUGAAGAGUCGAUGUGCAGUCAAACCUGAGUCCCACAUUAGAAGAAGAGGAAAUCCUGAUAGAGAAGCAGAGGAAUCGCCAAUACUUCAGUGGUAAAACAGGUAGGUUAUUCUGGUGUUCAUCGGUAUUGGAAAAGCACCUGGAAACCAAAUCCUGUCAACACUACUAACAACUCUCAAAAACAGCAAAAAACAUGUUCACUUUCAAUGAGAAACAGGAGCAAAACAGGAGCUUUCUUCUGGUGUAAAUAGCACUUGUAGAAAAAUGAGCCACAGGCUGUUGCAUCCAGCAAAAGGCUAAGUUGUUGUCAAAGAGCUAGUUUAAGUCAAUGAAAGCAGACACUAAUGUGAUGAGCUUCUGUCAGCGUAGCUGCCCUGAGGUGAACUUAACCUUAGUGUGAUUGCUUUUCUGCACAUGAGAUGUGAUUGUAUGCGGUUUCUGUGUGUCUCCUGGAGAAAUUUUGGUUUAAGGCGGAAGUGCAUUGCACUGCCCAUCUACCUGCAGAGAGCGUCUGUUGUCAGAUUGGGGCAAUGUCAAAAAUAUGUGGUUUAGCUCGUCUUUCGACUCUUGCUUGUGCUCUUGUCGGUCCAUCAGCAAGCUGUGGAGAGGAGCUGUAAGUUAUAACAUGCAAAAAGCUGAAGUGAAACCAAGUGUUAAAAACAAUGAAAAGUAUCUACGGUC